AUGACCUCUCCAAUUUCUUCACUAAAAAAGUACCGAAGGACUCCCUUCCCGGAUCAAAAUGAAGGAGGGAAGGGGCCUUUCACAGCGAGACCGAACACGGGUUCUCCCCCCAGUGACUAUGAGCUGCUCUCAGCAAUGAUCCAGAAGAUUUCUAUCCUGGAGAGAAAGGUGAAAGUUCAAGCCUUGGAUAAUGAGAGCAAGGUAAAAAAAAUAGCGGAGCUGGAAGAGAAACUGAAACGGACAGAGGAAACCAGCAAAAACAACCCAGAUAAAGAUCUCUUUGAGAAGUGUCACAAGCUUCAAAAGCAAGCGCAGGAAAUGGAGAGAUUUUUGAAUGACUAUGGCCUGAUCUGGGUAGGGAGUAGUGAAGAAUAUGACCAGGCCAGCACUUCUGUGGUCAAGAAAUUCCACAUAAACUUUGACCUGAUCUUAAAGAACAUCCAAGAGUUGAAUGUGUUAGCAGGGGAGGGGGUUUCCUAUGUGAAGGCCACUGCAGGGGGAGCCAAACUAGCUCAGCAGGAUCCUGUACCUCUAUGGCUCUACAGGAAUGGCAUCAUAAUGUUCAACGGGCCUUUUCGCUCUUUCAAGGAACCUAGCACUCAGCAACUCAUGCAGGACUUUAUGGAUGGAUACUUCCCCUCUGAACUCCAGGAAAGGUUUCCUAAAGGUGUUCCCUUUCAGGUUCACGACAGGCGAAAUGAAGAAUUUGAAGUGAGACAAAUAUGUGUCAGGUUUCCAGGGAGGGGACAGAGCAUCGCUGGUAGAACGGAUCAGUCUUCCGAUAGAGACGAAUUAUUUGGACAGAUUCCUUGACGUGAACGGUACGACUCCUCCACAGGAAAAAAGCUGUCCAUGAAACAGUUCCUAAGUAAGCUGCCAGCAACAGUAGUGAAAGCAGGCAAAGUGAUUGACAUUCGGGACUCAAUAGAAACAUGUUUACGGGGCUCUUCUUAUGGCACCAGUUCAGUGACUGUUAUAGAAACACCCAUGCAGCAGGCCUGUGAACCAAGGUAUAACUCUUAUCUUACAUACAGCACAGCACAUGGCAAGAUCACUACACUGCGAGUGAGGUCAGAGAAUGGAGAGCAAACCUUUCUUCUAAAAAUGCACAUCUCAGAGACUAUUGGACAACUGCGCCAGUAUUUGGAUGCACACAGGCAGUCCACUGGUCUUCCAUAUGACAUCAUUAGUGCGUUCCCUCGCCGAUGCUACCAUGACAACUCGCGAACACUCUUGUCCUGCGGUCUGAACCCAAAUGCUGUCCUUUUCUUAUGUCCUCGGUCACAAAAACUGAACCAUAACAACCACACAGUCCAAGUCAGCAACACUCAGCAGACCAGAGAUGAACCUUCUUUAGCUAGUCAGUGA